UGUGAAGUGCCCCAGCAGCGAUGCAAGCCCCCUGCCUGCGCUGGCUGCAGAGCCUCGACAAGCCCUGUCGCCUCCUGCUCCACACCCUCGCCUCCAGCUCCUGCGGGAGCCUGGCUGCCCUCCGACUGCUGCAGCGGGUCCAGGGCAGCGAGGGACUUGGGCAGGCAUUUCCCUGGCAGACCUUCACUGAGGCCCUGUGUGCUGAGGAGCCCACACUGGAGGGAUUGGAGGGGACCUUGGCUGUCAAACCACGGCUGCUGCUGCUCCCUGUCCUGUGCCAGAGGAAUCUCUUCUCCCUGCUCCUCGUGGUGCAAGCUGAGGUGCCAGUGGUCUGCCUCAGCCAACUGCUCCAGGCCGUGGAGCAGGAUUCCCAUCUGGAUCCCUGGGUGCGGGCACUGAGGGAUCUGCUCCGGCAGGGACCAAAGAGAGGGGAGCACUCCCCACCUCCUGGUCCCUUGUCUUCCACAUGCCAGCAGCAGCUGAAGUGCCUGUGCCAAAACCUCGCCCAGAACAAAUCAGAUGGGCAAAGAAAACUGAGCUGGUGCUUCAGCAGGGAGCCCAGGGCUGCUGGGGAGGGGGCUGACUCUGUGCCUCGAGGUGGGAAGCGCAGGAAAGUGUCGGAGGAGAGCCUGGAGUUGGAUGAGAGAGCAGAGAAGAGGUCACUGGUGGAGGAGGCAGUCUUUGAACCCCUGGGAACCCAGGAGGGCAGAGAUGUGGCAGGGGUGGAAGAGGGGAUUCCUAAGGAGCCUUCAGGAGAUGGAUCUGUUCAGAACCUGGAUGAGUCUGCUCCAGAAAGCUCCCAACAGGAAGUGGCCAGGAAGACUUCCCAGGCAGAGCUGACAGCAGAAGUCCAGUCCUUUCUCCAGAUGCAUGGACAGAGGCUGAAAAUGUUGCUGCAGAGAGAAUCCAAUCACUUGGAGCUGAGCAUCCCCUCUGAGCUGCACACCUUGACCAGCUGCUCUCCUAGCCAGCUUGAGGGGCUGUGCUCCUUCCUCCAGCUCUCCACGUGCCCAGAACCCUUCCUGGUGCAGUUCUGCAGCUGGCUGCUGGCUCUCAGCCCUGACCUCAGCUACACCAAUGCAGCCAUCCUGGCAGAGCAGCUCUUCCUGAGGCGAGUCCUGUCCCUCAGCCAGCCACCCUCUCGCCACCUCAUGGCUGCCCUUGCUUCAUUUUGCUCCAAGUAUUCCCAGCCCUUCUGCCAGGUUCUGGUGGCUGCAGUCCUGCGGGAGCCAGGGCAAGGCAUUGAGCAGACCAAGGUGGUGUGUGACCUUGUGGAGGAGUGCCUGGAGCCAGACUCUGUGCAGCUGGUGCUAAGCCAAGUCCUGGAGCUGCCUUUGUCAGAGAAACUCCUGCCAGUGGUGCAGGCUGUGCUGGGGCGGCAGGAGGUGCUGCCACCCAAGCUCUUCGAUCUGCUGGUGCUGACUCUGUGCCGCCAAGCCCCGGCCUUUGCCACGUCACUGAAUUACACCAAGCUGGUGACGGCUGUGCUCACCAUGUACCAAAGCCAGGUCACCCCAGCCCAGCGGAGCAGUCUGACUGCUGCUCUGGAUUGGAGCAAUGCAGUGCUCAAGAAAUCACUGCAGGCUGUGCUGGAAGGAGGCAGGUGAGGGAACCACAAGGCAAUGGAUGCUCGUUACAUGGUGAUGGCUGCAGCCCAGUCCUUCGCUGGGGACAUCACCAGCACGAUGGAGACUGCUGAGUGUGGGCAGUGGCAGAUGGAGUGCCUGUGCCCUGUCUGGGCUCUUGUGCUCAGCUGCCUGGUUUGAGGUGGCUGUCACUGGGCGAUGUCAUCGCAGCCCCAUGCAGGCCCCAAGUCCAGAUGAGGCUUUUCUUGGUUAAAAACAGUGAACAUGUUCAAAGCAUCUCUGUCUGGGCUCUCUCUGGGCCACCUCAGUGCCCUCCUUGCCAUACUCAAGAUGGUGUCUUUCCCUUCUUGCCUUCCUGCCCUGCCACGCUCAAGAUGGUGGCUCCCACCCCACCUCUGCCAAGAUGGCAGCUCCCAGAGGAGGAGCUGUGCAGGGGCUGGGCUGCAGAAUGGUUCCUGACAGCAGCUCUCUUCUCCCAACCUCCAGCAGGGUGGGCACCUCAAAGCCCUGGAAUGCCCCACAUCAGCCCCAGGCCCAUGGGCAUGAGGGGUGGCUGGUCUGGCAUUGCCUGCAUAAAGCUUCUGGAGAUGGUUUGUGCCCAAAAGGUGGCUGCUUUUUAAGUCAGGAAAACAAAAAAUCUCUUGUUUUUGCAUUGUCACUGGAGUAAGCUGACACACAAACAGCUCGGGAGCAUCUAAAGGUUGGCUGCCCUGGUUCUGGGUCAGAGGCUAUCUGCUGCUUCUCAGAGCAGCCACUGCCUGUUUCCCCUGCAUGACCCCUUACAAAAAGGUUUCUCUCCAGCAGGUCCCCUGUUGCACAGCUAGGCAGCAAGAAACUGCAGAAGAAGCGGAAGCCCUUCUCUGCUUUCAGAUCCCCUUUGGCAUGAUGAGUGCACUGGGUGACACGAUGUCUGCUGUCUUGCUUCAGCAUCUCUUGGUGAUUUGUAAAGCUGAAGAGCUCGUCUGAGCAUUCAUGAGCCUGGUUUGUAGGUGUCCCCACUUGCUUUAACCAACCUCAAAUCACUUCCUGGUUGAAGAUGGAGUGACACAUUUCCUGUCUGUGCCUGCAGCCUUGUGCCUCUUGGCUGAGGAGUAUGAUGCCUUUCCAGCCUCAGCCCUGCAUGAAACAGGCUGGGGCAGCCUGGCUCCAGGUCUGCACAAUGCUGGUAGACUUCCCUUUGUCCUCGCUCACAGGGGCAGCCUGUAGCCAAGGCAAAGAGUAAUCUGCCUCAAAACCUUUGUAUUUCAAGUGGUUUUCCAGUGCUGUGGUGCACAGAGCACCUGGCAAUCAGGACCUUAGUUCUUAAUGCCCUUAAUACAUCCCUGAAUCAAGGCAGGCAUUGAUUUGAGGCUGUUUGAAGAUGCCACUUUUGCCCCAGGCUUAAUUAGGUGUUGUGAUUUUUGUCAUGGCUUGAAGCCGCCAGGAUGUGGCUGCCUGUUUUGUGCAGAUCAGCCUUUUCUCUCCAGUGUGAGGCUGAUUCUGGAUGGUGCAGCAGCAAUUACUGGGUCAUUUAUCUGUUCUGCUGGGAUUUACAGAACUCAGUAUGCAGGAGAGGGAUUUGGAGCAAGAGCUGGUAACCUGGAAUUUUCUGCUUUAAUUCUGCCUGCUCUUCACUGUUCUGCUGAGUCCAGUGAGAGGCCCUGCUCUGUGGGUCACAUUUCUGGUUCUCAGGGUGGCAAUGAUGACAUUUGCUAUUGUAAGUGUUCAGUGGUACACAAAAAAUGCUUCCAUAGUGUGACUGCUGCCUAUUCUCUAUCCUUGAAAAGCCCUACUGAAAAUCUUACCUGGGCACCUUCUGGUGAGAGGACUGGGAAAAUAAGGAUGGGAGAGAGUGGUUGGACUGAGUGAGAUAGUGCUGGAGUUUCAGUGCAGGUUUUGAAGCACUGCACACAUCAGGAGCUAUUUAAAAGUCAUAAACAUUUACAUCUGCAAAGGGAGGAGAGGCUUUAAAACAUGGAGGUGUGAAAGGUGCUGCUUUGUUUGCUCAUUAAUGCUUGGAUCCAGCCAGAGGAGUGAAACUGAAGCAUUAAGUGAUGCUUUUAACACUGAGAGUGCAGAUGUCCUUAUAAUCAGAAUCUUUUAAGCUAUUUUAGGUGACAAGGGACUGAAGAGGCUUCAAAGUCUGUAUUGGCUGGAGAGACGAAGCCUCCAGGGAGCCAAAUUGUUGAUUUAUUUGCAUACCAGUGAGUUAGAGGCUGAGCAUAUUGAAGCUAUUGUAGGGCUGCCCAAAAGAUGACAUAAAUAGACUGUGCCCUGAUCAUCAAGGUCUGAGCCUGCUUUUCUGGCUUUAUUAGGUAGCAGUUUCCCUGCAACACUUGGUGGCAGUGACCUCCUCGGUGUCACUGAGUGCUGUGGCUGUGGGUCACAUGAAGAUGCCCAAGGGCAAACUCCUCUCCAGAAUUCACCUGGUUGUCAGCUUCCUGGUGUCCUUGAUGAACUGGAAGCACAAGCCUGCUGUCAAUACAGCACCAUGGGGAAGCCCU